GCAGAAAUUAAGGGAGGGGGCAGGGACAGGGCUCAGUAAAGUUAGAUGAAGUUUUCGGGAGAAGCCUCUCAUCUGUGGAUCCGGAUUGUGAACAUUCGUGGAAAUGUCCUGAGGAGAUUUUGUUGCAGUGUGUCAGGGAUCUAGGCUCUGAGCAGGGAUGGCUGCCAUAGACAAGCCUCUGAAGGAGGGUCAGCUUCACAUCAAGCAGAACAAGUUUGGGAAGAAAUGGAAGAGAUGCUACGUGCUAUUGUAUCCAGACUCUCAGUUCGGUGUGGCUCGAUUAGAGAUCUACGAUUGGAAAGAUGGCACGUUGGCUGGAGAAAAGAUAUAUGCCCGUCGUGCCGCUGACCGGAAGGUGGUACGGCUUGCAGAGUUUGUCCAUGUUGCCCCUGCCCCAACAGAGAAUGGUCAUAAAGAAAACAUGGCGGCUUUCAUCAUAGAGACAAGUGACAAGACUAUGCUGCUGUCUGCUGAGCGUUUGCAGUGUGAGGAAUGGGUGCAGAGGCUGAGCGAGGUUGCCUUCCUGGGAAAGGUCAACGGCUGCCAGGACAAGGGGUCAGAGGCUUCAGAUGGGCCCACGUCCCUGGAGAUGGCGGUGAACACCAUUUACUUCUCCAGAGAAGAAGUGUCAGAAUACCGGGUUACAGUACAGAGGACAGAAGCUGCAGAGCGUUGCUCCCUCCGUGGACCUUAUAUUCUGAGAGCCGAAGCUGACUGCUUAAUACUAAAGGAUCCAAGCACCAAGGAAGUCCUAUAUUCCUGGCCUUACAAACUGCUACGGAGAUAUGGACGAGACAAGGUCAUGUUCUCAUUUGAAGCAGGUAGAAGAUGUCAAUCAGGUCCUGGAAAUUUUACUUUUGAAACGUCACAAGGUCAUGAGAUUUUUCAGAAGGUGGAAGGUUCUAUCCGGGCUCAGCAGGGUUCAGAGAAUCGUCUCAGCUGCCCAACCCUGGACACUGAGACCCCCACAGAUAAUAUCUCCCUGGGAUCUGACUCGGGCGGAUCUGACACAAUGUCCAAAAAGGAUGUGGAGGAGAAGGCACUUAAAAGCAGGGCUCUUCCCAAUCUUCCGUUGCCUAAACCCAUUCAACCCCAGCAUCUUUUAGACCCCUCACCUGUGGGUGCAAUACCUGGGAAGAUUAACACUCCCCCGCGCUCCCCAAUCAGUCGUUCCCUAAGUUCUCAUCCUGGGGAUGCUGAGCACCUAAUGGUAUAUUCAGAGCCAAAAGAUUCUGUCAAGGGAGUAAAUCCUCAUUUCGAUCCCCUGUAUUCAGAUCCUGUGGAUAGCGUGCCAGGUAAAGAUGUGAGGUUACACAAGGAGAUAAGUGCUGCCUCACCCCUCUACUCAGACCUGUAUGAGCACGUUGGCUAUGAAGUUGUAGGUGGUGGAGGAGGAGGUAUCAAUGUGCUUCCUACGGGUCAUUCGAAACUCCAAAAAAGAUGCGAGGAGCAUAUUUACGACGAGCCAGAGGGCAUGGCACAAGCUAACAAUCCUCUUGUACUAUAUUCAGAGGUACAAACUGAGGCUGCAGCCUGGAGAAAGCAAGAAAAUUACGAGAAGGUCAGCUACGAGUUCCCAAACAACCCCAAUGUCUCCGAUGUCUACUCGAUGCCUAACCUUCCAGGGGUUAAACGCAGUAAUAAAACUGGUCCUAAACCAAUUCCUGCUCCAAAGCCUCAAGGAAAGCCCCUACCAAAACCACCAGGGAAAGAAGAUGGCACAGAGAAGGUAUCAGCACCAGUUCCGUCAAACAACAAUAAUAACAACAACGGAAACAUUGAACCUGUGUACAGUCAAGUAAUAAAAACAGGGACUGUAGAAAGCAAAGAAGCAAAACCCAAAUCUACACCACCCCUGCCGCCAAAACCACAGUCCAUACCACCUCUCCCUCCUGUGGCCAAAUUAAACACUCUACCAUUACAGUCUUUGACACCAAACAAAUCUCAACCUGCUAAAAGUCCUGUGACCCAUCAGGAUGGAGACAUGACGACCGUCCUGGCUUUAAUCCCAACUGUGUCGGUAAAGCAAUCAUCUUCAGAUGUUAUCUACGAGGAUAUGGGGCUUUUGUGAUAAGAACAUUGAAUUAGUCACACGCUGUAUGAAUUUACAUUAAAUUUGUAGGCCUUGGCUCCAAUGACCAGGAACAGACUCCGCUUUCUGUUCUUCGAGGUUCCAGGCCAGGAAGGUGGUUGUUCUUGUAAAGCUGCUGUUCAUGGGCACGCCAGGAUUAGAAGUCUGUCCAAAGGUAGAAGACACUGAUCCACAAAACUCGCCCCACACAAUCCACGUCCACUCGUAAGAUUCUUCUUCUAUGUCCCAGUUGUUGAGAUCCACAGAUGUGAAUAGUCUUGUAUCUUUCAUGUGGCCAGAUACAGAAGGUUGUCUUCUGGAGUCCUGCCUGACUGUAAUAUAUACUGUAUCUAUAUUCAAAUGAUUUCUAUAUAGAGCUGUGCUCCAUCCAUGUCCCAGCAUAGAUUGUACUAUAGGGCACACCGAGACGCUUCCGUCCAAGUCUCCUUGAUGAUAUUGUGCAUUUUUAUAAUUCUAUGAAUAAAUAGCUGUGGUUAUAAUAAUUCAAGUGGCC